UUGUGUGUGAGUUGAAUUUUUGGGGAUUUUCUAGUGUGGAGUGUGUUGAGAGUUCAUUUGUGAUAGUAAAUAAUGGCAGGCUGAUUGCAGUGCUGCUGCUGCUGCUGCUGCUGUGUGUCGUUGUGCUUAUAUGUAUGCAGUGCUCAUUUGUGUCACGACUGUCUCCUUUGUAUAUCUUUUCCAAUGCCGACGUAUGCGUGUAUAGAUUGUAGAUUCUAGUUUAAUUUUCAUCGCAUUCGCACACAUUCGUCGAUUCGUGUGCAUGGUGAAAAUCGAACUUUUGGGAAAACUCAUCCACUACUUUUGCUGUGCAUCGUCGACAGUUAGUCGCGUGAACAUUUUACACGAGAAUAUAACAAGUAAGACAGGUGAAGAUCGAGCGUUUUGUUUCGAAGAAUUUCUUUUCGUUGUUUUUUUUUCUCCGGGAACCGUAAACGUUUUUACUGUUGUUGUAGCUGUCGUUGUUGUCGUCGUGUACAUCUCAUUGGCAACAUCACACUGCCGUUGCUAGUGCUCUACUGCUGUCAACAUUCUCAUUAUUAUUAUCAUCGUUUGUUUUUGUUUACUUCCGCUUUUAAUCCUGCUCGCGCGCGCAUUCAAAAACUCAUUUAUAUCAUUUGUGUGAGAAGGUUUUCGGACUUGCAUCCAUGGUGACACCGACACAAUCUUAAUGAUUUUUUCGAUGUAAUGGAUACUAGUGUAAUUAUGUACAAAAGCACGUGGUGAAUUUUCUGCAUGAAAAAUAUCUCUCGAUUGAUUUGUGUCGAGCGAAAAAUAGCGAAAAUUAACAUGUUGAUUUGAAGAAAAAAAAAACAUAAAGACUAAUGGUGAAAAUGGCAAUUCAUACCCAUUGACAGACGAUUAAAUGUUUACCGUUACCGCUAAUGUGCAUUGAUUUGCAGGAAAUUACAAACAAAUUUUGGCGGCGGGGAGACCAAACAAAAAAUAUCGCAUGUUGUCACGAAGUGUAUUACAACUGUAAUUUAUGUGCUAGCGAUUAAAUUACCACGAAGAAAAAUCCCGAAAUUCUAAGUGACGUGAAACAAAUCCAAAAAAAAAAACACACACUAGUUCGGGUUUUUUUUUAGCCAAAAGUGAUUGAAAAGUCAAAACAAAUAAAAAAGGUGCAGAAAAAAAGUAAACAAGAAAAAAUCGAGCAACCAAAACAGCAAUCAACACACGAGAGAUUCGGUUGAUUUGGAGGAUUGAGGAGUCUCCAUGGAUUUGCUGGUGUUGCGACAUUUCAACAAACAAAUUGUCGUUGAAAUACGUGAAAAAUGAAACAACAGUCAAAUGCCGAAAGUAGAGACGAUGAGUUAGAUUACAUGAAAUGUCGUAAGCGUGUGUACCGUGACGAAAACAACGUCGACAAAUCAAGUUAUGUGCAAAAGAAACGGCUUCAAAAUAUUAGUAAUAAUCAACGGUUUAGUGUAGGCAAUGGUCGAUACGACCAGGACGAUGAAACGUUGAUCCGUGAAACGCAGGCGGCGCUGAAAAGUUUAUCGGGAAGUUGGAGUGAAACAAACAAUUCGCACAGAACGCUUACGGAAGAAAGUUCAGUGUAUCCAAAUUUAUUUGACGAGAGAAAUGGAACUAAAAUAAUAAUGUCUCCGAUAACAACAACACCGUACAGUUCAAAUGAUUCAUUGUCAAAUCGUGAUUAUUAUUGCUUAAAUGGUAAACCAAAAUCGGUUGCACAUUCAAAAAAGCCACGAUUGAGUGAGGGUAAAUUUGAUUUCAGUGAGCUAGUCGGCGGUGAUCCAAUUGACAAACUUCAAUCGACUAGUGAUAAAGGUGAAUACGAAAAUAGUGGUGAAUAUCGAAGUGUUCAGACGUAUUCACAAAAUUCAGCAUUCCAUCCGCCGUCAUCGUCAUCGUCGUCGUCGAUGUUCGAAAGCAAGAAAUCGAAUUCUUUUGGUUCAAUGUCCCAUUCUGCUUAUCAUUAUGCCGAGUCAAGCGGUUACUCAACGUAUUCAUCGCUCGAUAUGAAUGCAUCGUCAAAUAGUUCACCUGAGCGUGAGCGACCGUUUGGAAAACCAUUUGCCAAAGACGAUGACAUGAGUGCGGCCGAUUACAAAGAGUACACAACACUUCAACCGGCUGGUAUUGGAUCAAAGGCUGCAUCGGUUAUUCAGGACGUGUCACGUGAAGGUGGCGUUGCCUCGGUGGUUGUCAUGAAUAGCAUGAGUAAUGCAAGUGUACAAAACACCACAUCGACAACAACAAUAACAACAGCCGCCGCCACUGCCGCAGCAGCCGUGUCGAACGAACAUCGAGCUGGCUUUCUUGAACGUCCAAUGGCUGCCUUCUCACCGGGUAGCAACAACAAAGAUGGUGGAAAGUGUCCAAUUCCACAGUGCACCGGGCAAGGCCACAUCACCGGACUGUAUACACAUCACAGAAGCCUAUCAGGAUGUCCGCAACGCGAUAAAAUUACUCCAGAAAUAUUAGCAACGCAUGAAAUAAUUUUGAAGUGUCCGACCGCUGGAUGCAACGGAAGUGGUCAUGUGAAUUCAAAACGAAGUUCGCAUCGUAGUUUGUCGGGUUGUCCUCAUGCGGCGUUUAAAAAGGCCGCAAUACGCGAAGCAAAAUAUCAAAAUGGCUAUACCAUUCGACAUCCCAUGCUAGUGGGAUCAGUGACAAAUUACAGUUCAAACGACUUCAAAAGUUCAUCGACAAUGUUUACAGCAAAAUCCAGCCACCUCAGCCAUGGCAGCAGUACUUUGCAUACGGCCAAUAUUUACAAUGAUAAAGUAACGAUGGCAAAAUCGGCUGAAAGUGACGAGUCGAAAUCUAUAAACAACAGUAAUUAUGGCAAUGACACAAACUUUUCGAAUAUCAUGGAUGGCGGUGGCAGCACUGUGAAAAUGGAGCACAUGAUUAAAAGUGAGAAAGCGAAAAGUUUCAGUGAAAGUGGCGGCAGCAGCGGUAGUAAAAGUGAGUGUGUCGAUAGUGUGUCGAAUCAACGAGCUGACAAUAACAACAGUUCGAUAAAUCAAAUGAAUUUGGACCCCGCAUCGCAUCAGUCCUCCGGCUGUUAUCCGAGCACAAUGGAUGCGACAUCGGUUGAACAGUCAAUGAACACAGAUGAGUUGUGUUAUCGCAAUUAUUCAAAUUCGAACGAUAUUUCGAGGCCGGCAGUGCCUUUUGCCAACGAUAUGAUGGCAAAUCGGGCGCUGGUUGCCAACUACGAAUACUCAGCUGUUCGAAAUUAUGAAAAUGCCAUGAAUGGCAUUUCGACAGCACCAACUUUUGAUCGUUACGAUAUGAAUUUGGGCAAUUUAUAUGCGUCAUCACUGUCGAUGCAACGGUCAAAUCUCACAUAUCCACCAUAUUUGAACAGUUUUGGCUCGGAGGAUCCAAAUCAACCGAAAUAUCUGGCAGAGCAUCACUUUUCUCAAGCUGCCAUGUUGAAGAAUGAUACAAGUGGUGAAAAUCAAGCACCUUACUACCCGAAGCCAAUGUAUCACUAUGAUCCAUCUUUUCCCUUGGCUGGUUUUUCAGCAAUGAAUCUGAGCCUACGAACCGCUGCAGUUGCUGCUGCAAGUAACUCAUUGCCCAUCAUGGAUCUAUCAGCAGCGAAUGUCACUUCGUCGAGUUUGUCCGGUUGUUCAAAUCCACCGCAUUUCUCAGCCAUUCAACGACUGCAAACCUCAAAUUCGACAUCAACACCGAAAUCGUCGCGUACUCCAAACCCCAGCCCACAAACCAACAAUUCCGAACAAACGACAGAUAAUGGAAUGGCCAUGAACAAUCUAAAACUUCAAUCAUAUCAGUUGCCCGCUGAAAAUUUCGCACAAAAUUCGCGAUCUCCAACAAAUGAGCCGGUCGAUUUGUGCAAUAGCCAAAUAAAACCAGGCACAUUUACUGCCGAUAAUAAUUCCAUGGAAACGGCACCGAAUCGUCCAUACAGUCGCGAAUCAACAUCCGACAGUAACGCUUCUCCCUACAUCGACACAUACAAAGGCGAACCAAUGGGUUACAGUCCACAUCCGAGCUAUGGUAUGAUCACGCAAACGGACUAUACAACGGGUAGUAAUUACGGUAGUUAUGGUUCGAUAGCAGCAUUUCAAAGUGGUGGUAAUUCAGCGUUGGGUGGUGCAAUCGCCGGCGGAACAGCAAAUAGUAGCAUCGCUGGUACAAUGAAUCCAUAUGGCAGUUCGGUUAUUGGCUCAUCAAAUGGAUAUUCAAAUGUGCUAUCGAUUUCAAGUGGCGGUAUUCCUUCCGUAACAUCAUGCUAUCCAAUACCAUCGCAACAUUUGCCGACUGAUAAAAACUGUACAAAAGAUAGUUUAUUACUGUGUGGACGUUUUGAUCGAAGCCAUUUGCAGCCCACGCAAGAACUCAAAUGUCCCACAAGUGGAUGUGAUGGUUCUGGCCACGUAACGGGAAAUUAUUCAUCGCAUCGCAGUUUGUCCGGAUGUCCACGUGCAAAUAAGCCGAAAAGUAAGCCACGGGACGGCCAAGAAUCGGAGCCAUUAAGGUGCCCCAUUCCAGGUUGUGAUGGUUCCGGACAUUCAACGGGAAAGUUCCUCUCGCAUCGAAGUGCGUCAGGUUGCCCGAUAGCCACGAGAAAUAAGAUGCGUAUUUUGGAGAGUGGCGGAACAAUAGAACAACAUAAAGCAGCUAUUGCAGCUGCAGUUGCCAUGAAAUAUGACAGAAGCGUUUGCUCAUCGGUGGUGGAUGGAGACGGUCACAUGACCAACACGUUUCUAGCACAAAGAUCGACAAACGGAUGUCCAAUGGCGAUGCAGCCGAGCGUGAAAAAGGAAAAAUUAGACGACGUACAAAUGUGCUACUCCAAGGGAUAUUCGGGGCUGAUCGCGGGAAACGUGCAGCAAAACCACACUGUGGCAUAAUUGACCCAUUCCAUUAGUGUGCGAAUUACAAUAACAUUUGUAAGUGCUUUUAAACCAAAAAUGCUUGGACAAAAUGAAGACGACCAGCAGUUUUAUGAUGAUAAGAAAAUCCCAUGUAAAUAAGAGCUAACUCAUUAGUUUUCAUUGAAUAAUAAUUUAAAAUACAGGAAAUACUCGUUCAAUUGAGUUCAUUCAUUAUUGUUAAGAUGUGUCUGAUUGUAAGUCAAAAAUAAAAAUGUUUUACG